CAAACCGUAGAGCUUCGGCCAAGCAUCACACUCUCAAACUGACGAGGAUAUGUUAACAUGCCUGACAGGUUCACUCUGCUUACUUUCAGCUUUUGUUUCAUACUUCACAAUGUUUGUUGUUGGAACGUCAGUGAACCUCUCAACCACACAUUCAAUGACGACGACUCUGUCAGUGUCACAUGCAUGCUUAUUGGAGAGGAAAACUUUCAUAUGGAAGCUAAAUUGAAAAUGAAUGAUAAAUAUAUUUGUGAGAUUUACAACAAAAACGAAGAAUCGGCCAAGUAUAAAGACUGUACAUGGCAGUAUAAGGACAAGAAAUUCACCUUCACCUUAAUGAAUCCUAAGGACUUACACAAAAAUACAUUUUCCUGUGAGAUUUCCAAAGUAAAACCAAUUCCAAUAUUACGUGAAGAAGGACCCAAAAUUAAGCUUUUCCGAGGUUGUAAUAAGUAUUCGGCUCCACCGAUGAACAGCUGUCCAAUCGCUAAUCAAACAAAUGACCAGGAUCACAGACUUGUAGAAAGUCAGACACCGGAAGAAAUGUAUACCCUAUUAAUCUGUGGUCUGAUAAUAGUGGUGGUAAUGCUGUGUCUCUACAGCAUUAUUCUUACAGCAGUCUUCAUCAGAUUGAGGGCCACAAAGCCUGAGUCCUCUGACACACUGACCUACGUCCCAAUGCAGAGGAAGGUAAACCGGCGUGAUCUAGACAACACCGAAUAUGUGGACAUGCGUGAAGUGCAGAAACGGGGAGGAUCCCACAGAGAUAUGAACCACAACUCUCAUUUUGCUAAUGCCUGAGCUCAUUUCUAGUGGCAUAAGUGAUCACGGGAUAAAACUGUUAUCUCUCUACCAAAAAAACAGCCUUUCCUAAAUGCCUGAAUCUGCAUAUUGUGUCUGCACCUCAUGCAGUAUGCAGUCUUGAUGUUCUCUGUGUCAUAUGGCUUCAUCUGGUGGCUUGUAUAACCUAAUGCUUAGUUGUAGCUAUGCCAAGCUAAAUGUAUAUAAGGGUCUUGCUUGGGCAUUUUUUAAUUUUAAAUUAAUCAUUUUGUUCCCAUGGACCAGUAAUCAAUGAUAAUAUGAGUUUUGUUCAGUGCUGCCCUCCCCCCAAAUAUUAUUAAUAUUUUUUUUACAAUAAAUAGAUAAAACAGAGACUAUAUUGAAUGAUUAUU